AUGGCCAUCUCAAGCUACGUUGGGGUCGGAGCCUGGAUCCUCCAGGCCAUCUUCGCCCUCGUCGCGCUGGCUCUGUCGGUCGACCUUCUGCAGGGGCAACUUUACGGGGCCCCGCCAGGCUCGAUCCAGUUCGCCGUCUUCGUGGGAUCAGUAGGCCUCGUCGUGGCGCUCCUGGGGCUGGCUGGCAUGUUUGUCGACAAGAUACCUAGCAACGUCGUCAUGGUGUUUGACGUGAUGAGUGGUCUGCUACUACUUGGCGGCGGCAUUGUCAGUGUCCUUGCCGUGCGAACCGAUGCCCGAUGGUGGGGUUCGUGCUGA